AUGGCACUUUGUGAUGCCGUUAAUCUUGUUUUAUCCGGUGUUGAAAUGCUCACUUAUCUUCUACCGGUAGCAGCCAAUGAGGAAACUGCACAUAUACUGUGCAAGAUUGUGGAAUUCACUCUCCGAUGUUGCUACACCUACAGUAUGUACUGCUGGCUGUUCAUGUCGGGAUUACGGUACCUGGCCGUUUUUCAAGCUAUGCAUUAUACAACAGUGUGGAGGAGUCCCUGGCACAUGGUUGUCCCAUGUUUCAUUGUUGCGAUUAUCACAAAUAUGUACCUCUUGGUAGCAGUAAAGCAGGAGAACUAUCAAUGCACUCUGGCUAUUGAUGAUUAUUCUACUUUGUACAGUAGUGUGGAUGUUUUCAUAUCAACUUUGGUACCAGUCUCAUUCGUUCUUGCGUUGGACCUUUUGGUACUGUGCUUCCGUCCAACAAGACAACAAUCGGACCCAUUACUUCAAGUGGUGUUCCAUAAAUUAGAUGAAGAUACAGAAAAGAGAAGACAACAGACAACACGCAAAUUUAUGUUGGUAACAUUUCUCGCGAUCGGCAUGUCGGCACCAGAUGGAAUUCUCCGAGCCAUUCGUCUCUACUUGGAUGGAAAUGUCGUGUUCACCUUAUUUCAAAUCUUCAAGGGAUUAUAUUUGGCAAGAUUCACAUUCAACGCAUUCUACUUGACACUCUUCGUUUUCGACCGUAACCUCCUGUCCAAAGUCUCUUCCUCCCGCCACUUGUCAGUUUCCAUGCGUCGCCUUGAAGAGGAGCCAGCAAUCGUGCCACGUGAACGGAGUCGAACACUAUCCUGCCAAAGACCACCACUUAUUGUAACCAGUCUAACGAGAAACGCGUCAUGUAUAAUUUAUAAAGACGAGAAGGAAGAGCGAGACAAUAACGAGACGUCGUCAACUCUGUGGGUGUGA